CGGUGUGAUAUCCUCCCCGGAGGAACGUGUGCGGUGUGCGGUGUGCCGUGUGCCGUGUACAGUCUGCCGUCUGCCGUGCGACCGUGCGUCCAGCCAUCGACCAACCGUCCCGAAACCAUCGGAACGCGGUCAUCCACCCUGCGUUCGAGCAGCAGUUUCAUGAAACUCUUCAGGUUUUACCUCAGAAGUCAAUGCUACAUAUUUAUCCGCUACUCGUUUGCGUUUCGCGCUUCGACCGUGUCCUCCGUUCCUGUAGUGUUACGCUGUAACACCGAAAAUUCAUUUUGAACUUCCGCUGAAAAGACCGCGAGCCCAACACCCGAGGCCAUCCGCCGGCAGUGUAGCGGCAUCGGUUGGUUCGCUGGUUAGCAGGAAUCGCGGUGGUGACCGGCAGCCGAACGCGGACGAGGGAACGGAUGAACCUGACGAGAAUGAAACCGUCGGGGCGGCUCGGAACAGCAGCCCUGGUGUCACCGUGAAACGAUCCAGGCGGCCUGGAAACCGGCGGAGAUUCGUCGAGCGGGACUCGUUGCGAUAGGUAGCCAAGGUUUCCGAAGGAAUGGCCACGCCGCCGGACUCGCCGGGACCGGAAGAGGCGCUCUUCGACUUCGAGAGCUCGAGGACCAGGCAGCAGACCGCUAGGCCGGUCGCUCUCGAGGAACUUCUCCGACAAACCAAGUUCUCCAGGCAGGAAAUCCGGGUGAUGUACCGGGGUUUCAAGCAGGAGUGUCCGGAAGGUGUGGUGCACGAGGACUCGUUCAAGGACAUCUACGCCAAGUUCUUCCCCCAUGGCAACUCCAGCCUCUACGCCCAUUACGUGUUCAAGGCGUUCGAUGUAAACUGCAACGGCGCCAUCAGCUUCAGGGAUCUCCUCGUCACUCUGUCCACGUUGUUGCGGGGCAGCAUCUAUGAGAAGUUGCGAUGGACGUUCAAGCUGUACGACAUAAACGGUGACGGUUGCAUCACCAGGGGCGAGCUAGGAGAAGUGGUGACCGCGGUGCACGAGCUGAUGGGCAGACGGCAUCACGCGGACGAGGAGAGGAAGGCGAGGGAACAGCUGGACAGGGUCUUCAAGAAGUUAGACCUGAACCAGGACGGAGUGAUAACGAUCGAGGAAUUCAUCGAGAGCUGCUUGAAGGACGACGUGAUCACACGGUCGUUGGCUAUGUUCGAUUGCGCGCUCUGAUCUCCGGCGAACGAAGAGCCUCCCUUGGCAGUGAGCACGCUGACGCCGCCGACGCCGCCAACGCCAGCGACGCCACCGACACCACCGACGCCGCCCACGCCGCUCUCCGCCACGACCACCUUCUCGCAGUCCCAGUCGCCUUCGCCACCGCCACCGUCCUACUCUCUGCUGCCACCGAUCCCACCGCCUUUGCCUUCGCAGCCGCCUCCGGGGUACACCGUUCAGGAUCAGGAACUGUACAUGCUACUCGCGGCUCACUGGUGGAAUCAACCGGAGGCACCGCUCUUUUGC